CGCGACUACUCAGUGCGGAAUGGACAGUUGCAAAUUGAGAGGGAAGCGCUCCCUUCAUCUUGCAACUGACUUGAAUAGUGCACAUUGACAAUCAUUCUUCAAAGCCAUGAUCAACGCCGUUGCGGAACUGGCGCAGGUACAGGAAGAGCUGCAAGAGGUGGAGGAGGACUUGGACGUGCUUUUCCUCCGACAGAGCGAGCUGCUAGAGAGGAAAAAGGAAUUGCAAGCUCAAUUGGAGUAUGAACAGAUCGAAGAGGAAGCACGUGCAGCAAAAGACACGGGGAAACCUGCACCAGACUGGAAAGCGCAGUUCGAAUGGACGGAGCAGAUCCACAAACUGCUCACAGACAGUUUUCUUUUGCCGGGGUUUCGCUCGGUGCAGGAGGAGGUGAUCAACGCGACGCUGUCCAAGCAAGAUGUGUUCGUGGUCAUGCGAUCCGGAGGCGGCAAGAGUCUCUGCUAUCAGCUACCAGCGCUGCUUGACGGGCAGAAUUCUGGUUUUACGGUGGUCAUCUCACCGCUGAUCUCGCUCAUCCAGGACCAAGUGGUGCUGUUUAAUGACAUCGCUGGGAAAGGAGCAGCGUGUCCAUUGUCUGGAGAACAGACUCGUGGAGAUGCUGCGGCAAUUUAUAAAUCGAUGCUGAAAUCUGACAGUAAACUGAAGAUCCUGUUGGUCACACCAGAGAAAAUCAUCAAAAGCAAACUCCUCAUGUCGAGGCUAGAGAAGGCGUACCAGACUGAUAGACUCAAGCGCUUUGUAAUCGAUGAAGCUCACUGCUGCAGCCAAUGGGGACACGAUUUCCGGAAUGACUACUCGAAGCUCAGCAUUUUAAAGCGUCAGUUCCCCAAAGUACCCAUUUUGGCACUGACAGCAACUGCCACGCCACGCCUGGCGAAGGAUGUGAAGGCUAUUCUCGAGAUUCAGAACUGCGUAUCGUUUCGGACAUCGUUCCUUAGAAACAAUUUGCAUUACGAGGUUAUUGAGAAGCCAGCAAAGGAUCCUACAGCAAUGGAUUCCCUCGUCCGCCUGAUUAAAUCGUUUUCGUCGAGUGAUACCGGAAUCGUGUACUGCCUAACAAGAAAAGAAACAGAGCAGGUGACGCAGAGCCUUUGCCAAGCUAACAUUCGGGCGGCGUGUUACCAUGCAUACGUGGAGAAGAAGGAAGAAACUCACAUGGCCUGGAUUUGCAACAGGCUACAGGUUGUGGUGGCAACCAUAGCAUUUGGUCUUGGGAUCAACAAGCCAGAUGUGCGCUUUGUGAUACACUUUACGCUUUCCAAGUCUAUCGAAGGUUACUACCAAGAAUCAGGACGGGCAGGUCGUGAUGGAAAGUCUGCCCGAUGUGUAUUAAUGUACAAACCGUCGGACGUGCUACGCGUUUGCAAUAUUGUCCAGGCAGAAGUGGGCGGCAUGCUUAACUUGCGAUCAAUGAUCAAGUAUUGCGAGGAGCUUUCGCAAUGCCGUCAGUCUACGAUGGCAGCUUACUUUGGAGAGGAUUUCGAGUCUGAUGCAAUAUGUGGAGGAGCAUGUGACAACUGCAAGCGAGACAUUGACACCGAAGACACAAUUGAUUUGUCAGAGCACUCGAAAGCUCUCAUCGCAAUUACCGAGGAUGCAAAGAAGCUGGAAAGGCGUCUCACGCUGAAGCAGAUUAUUGACGAGUUCAGAUCUAGAAAGUUUGCGCUUAAAUGGACAGACUUGGACCCUACCAUAAAAUCGCUGUCUCGAGGCGUAUGUGAUACCCUCGUUAUCAAACUUCUGUUGAGUAACGUUCUUCAACCCGAGAUCAGUUAUACAGCGUACAACACGAUCUGCUAUUUGGUUCCUGGGCCUCAAGCUCAGCAUUUGAAGAAGGACAGAUUUCAGAUUCAACUCCCGCGAUGUCUUAUGAGUGCGACAAAGGGUUCGGAGAGUGCAGCCACUACUCAGUCUCUAAAGAAGAGAAAGCGGUCGCCUGACAUUAUCGAGAUCGAUUGAUGAGGCGUCUUUGAAGGUUCAGUAGAUUUGCACAUCACACAGAAGUAAGGAUGAUACUAGUAGGUAUUACUAUCGCUGUGAACGAUGGUUAAAAUGGCCCGUCGAAGCAGAAGGAAACCUGAGAGACGGGGUGCCGGAGCGGGAAGGAAGAGGUUCUGGCGGAGUGGGAGGUUUGAUAGACAACUUUUGGCUGGAGUGACCUAGCAUCAUUCGAUGAGCUGCUGCCACUUGCAUCGGCCCCGGUACUACCAAAGGUUUUUUAUCAGCUGCAGCCGCGAACCACUGCGCUUUGUCAGUUCCAGAAAACCCGAAGCAGUCUCGACCAAGCUGCUCUUUUUUCUGGACACCUUUCAGCUGUGGGAGCACCACUCCAUUGCUGUCUGUUUCUGGUCGGCGAUGCUGCAGUGGUGCCGAGAACCGCAAUUGCAGUUCAUCGAUAUACUGCUGCGAAGCGUCCAACAUCUUGCGGUACUUCGAAUCUUUCUGAUCGCGAUGCGCGAAGUCGAAGAUACUUUUGCCAUAUUUUAGCUGGAGACUGCGACUUAGUUCCUCCUGAUUGUCAACAUACUUAGUCAUAAUUGUGUCAAGAUGACGCAGGCGAUCCGCGUUGAAGUGGGAGUAGUAAUUGGUAAGCGCUUCACGAAGCUGGUCUGCGUUCAAUGGCAACUGGUUCCCCUUAUCGGAUUCGUUAGUAUCGUCGGGGACAAUUGUUCGAGGCGAAGGGAUCAACGGCGGAAGUUCACUAUACUGAUUGCCACUCAUUACUGAGCUAGAUCCAGAAUUGCUCGAGACAGGAAUCGAGACACCUCCGUAAAGCCUACGUUGAAUUGCACGGGCAUGCUCGGUGUCAUAUCGCUCUUUGUCGUUGCUAGAGAUAUUCAAUAGGUCAAAAGUUUGGGAAAUAAGAGGUUCCUUCACGCUCCAAUCCAGAGCCGAAUCGCA